AUGUCUUUGUUUCUGAAGCUUCUCGCUAUGAUGGCAGUGGUUACCACUGUCACGGCUUUAGGAGGGUUGCAAAAUAUUUUUUUCAAUAGCAGUGAAAAAGACUUAUUAUCAUUAUACUCAAAUCAUCAACCAGCUACUUUAUUCUUAGAUCAACUGGAUUGGCCCGGUGUUAUCAAAGCUGGAUUAGAUUUAAGUGAUGAUUUCAAGAAAGUUACCGGUGAUGCAUUGCCUGUGUUUAAUUAUACCAGUAAUAUUUGUACUUCGGUUCAUGGAAAUGUGAAUACUGCUAUCAUUGUCGGUACCUUAGGUAACUCAUCAUUCAUUGAUAGUCUUGUUUCAAGUAAUAAGCUUAAUGUCACCGAAAUUGAAGGUAAGUGGGAAUCAUAUAUUUCCCAAGUCAUUGAAAAUCCAGCUCCUUGUAUUCAAAAUGCGUUAGUGAUCGUAGGCAGUGAUAAGAGAGGUUCGAUUUAUGGUCUUUAUGAUGUAUCUGAACAAAUUGGGGUUUCACCAUGGUACUGGUUUGCUGAUGUUGUACCAGCUAAUCAUAAUGAAAUUUAUGUUUCUAAAUCAAUUGUUAAAGUUCAAGGCGAACCAAGUGUUAAAUACAGAGGUCUUUUCCUCAAUGAUGAACAACCAAGUUUAGGAGGUUGGGUACAAGCAAAGUAUCCUGAAGGAUUAUACAAUUCAUAUUUCGUUCAUGAAUUCUAUGUCAACCUAUUUGAAUUAUUACUUAGAUUAAGAGCAAAUCUCUUGUGGCCUGCUAUGUGGGCAAGUAUGUUUGGAGUUGAUGAUCCUGAAAAUCAAUAUUGGGCUAACUAUUAUGGUAUUGUAAUGUCCACUUCUCAUACUGAACCUUUAAUGAGAGCUACUAAUGAAUGGACCACAUUUGGUAAUGGUUCUUGGGAUUAUAGUACUAAUAAAGACAAUAUUGUUGAGUUCUGGAGACAAGGUAUUAUCAGAAGUAAACCAUAUGAUAAUAUGUGGAUAACUGGUAUGAGAGGAUUUGGUGAUACACCAAUCACUGGUGGUGUUGAAGUUGGAUUAUUAGAAAAUGUUAUUACAACCCAAAGAGAAUUAUUAAGUGAAUAUUUCAAUGGUACUGAUAUUACCGAUAUUCCUCAAGCUUGGUGUUUAUAUAAGGAAGUCCAAGCUUAUUAUCAAGAAGGUAUGCAAGUUCCUGAUGAUAUUACUUUAUUAUGGGUGGAUGAUAACUACGGUAAUGUUAGAAGAUUACCCGUUGCUAAUGAGACCUAUAGAGCUGGUGGUGCUGGUAUGUAUUAUCAUUUCGAUUAUGUUGGAGAUCCAAGAGAUUAUAAAUGGAUUAACACUAUCUCGUUAGAGAAGACUUGGGAACAAAUGCAUUUAACUUAUGAAAGAGAAGCUAAGAAUUAUUGGAUUUUAAAUGUUGGUGAUUUGAAACCAUUAGAAGUGCCUAUUGAGUAUUUCUUUUCAAUGGCUUACGAUAUGGAUAGUUGGGGUCAAAUCAAUACAGUUAUGAAUUGGACUGUUGCAUGGGCAGGCAGAGAAUUCGGUGCUUAUUAUGAUGAUGUUGAAGAAAUUGCUGAUAUUAUGGAUCUUUAUGGAUUCUAUGCUAGUAGAAAGAAAUAUGAAUUAUUAAACACAACUACUUAUUCCAUAUAUAAUUAUAAUGAAGCAGCCACUGUCCUUGAACAAUGGCUGAACUUAACUGAUAGAGCAUGGGCUGUCUAUAAUAAAUUACCUAAAGAUGUCCAACCAUCAUUCUUUGAAUUCAUUCUUCAUCCUGUCGUUGCUGGUUAUACCGUUUAUGAUAUUCAACUUUCUGCAGGUAAGAAUAAUUUGUAUGCUGGACAAAGAAGAAAUCAAGCUAACUAUUUAGCACAAUACGUUCAACAAAGAUUCCAAGACGAUGCUAAUUGGAAGAAUGAAUAUGAUACUUUACUUGAUGGUAAAUGGGUACAUAUGAUGGAUCAAACUCAUUUAGGUUAUGAUUAUUGGCAACAACCAAUGAGAGAUACUUUGCCGCCCCUUGCUUAUCUUCAGAUCGGGGAAGAUAAUUUAGCUGGUUCUAUGGGUUUAACCGUCGAACAAUCUGAAGGUUCUGUUCCAGGUGAUGAUCAAUAUAAUGCUGUGGCAUAUAGUAACAAUACAUUAGUGUUACCUGUAUUGGAUCCAUAUACCAAAAGUAGAUAUAUUGAAGUAUUUAACAGAGGUAUUUUCGAUGUCUUUUUUAAUGCAACUCCUGAAAAUGACUAUGUUACAGUUACACCAUCAGAAGGAGUCAUUUUAGCUACUAACACCAGUAUUUGGAAUUCAAUCUUUCUUGAAGUAACUGUUGAUUGGGAUAAUGCUCCAGAUGGAUAUAAUAUCGAUUAUAUUGAUAUCUCUUCUAAUUCAAGUUAUGGAUUCUUUGGAGAACCACAAGUUCAUUUACCAAUCAAUAAAACUAGUGCUCCAACCAAUUAUACUGGAUUUAUUGAAUCAGCCCAAGAGAUUUCAAUUGAAGCAGGUCAUUUCUCUAAUAAUGUUUCAAAUAAUGAUACUUAUUAUGUUGAGAUUGAUAGAUAUGGUAGAACUUUAUCGGGUGUUACUUUAUUCCCAGUUACUGCUGAUUCUCAAGAAGCAACUGAUGAUGCCUCCUACUUGGAAUAUAACUUUUAUAGUUUCACAGUUCCUCAAUAUGGAACAAAUAUUACAGUUUAUACUUCUCCAUCAUUGAAUGCUAAUCCAUAUCGUCCAUUGAGGUAUGCAAUUGCCGUUGAUGAUGAAGAACCGCAAGAAAUUCAAAUUGUAAUUGAUCCAACUGAUCCAACAGCUAUGCCCGCUGGAUGGGAAACUGCUGCUGAUGAUGGAGUUUGGAUUCAUAAUACCACCCAUACUUUUGAUGGUGGAGAACAUGUGUUGAAAUUAUGGGCAUUGGAACCUGCUGUGGUUUUCCAGAAGGUUAUUGUUGAUUUUGGUGGUGUUGUACCAUCAUUCUUAGGACCACCUGAAACUUAUUAUCAGGGUUAG